AUGCUUGGUUGCCAUGUUUGGUGGUUUGGCUUAAAACGCGUUCUCUUUUAAGUCAAAAAAAGAAGCUGUAGAACAGCCGGAGAUCUGACCUGGGUGCCUCUUAAAUCAUGUCUGGAGCAGAACUCUCCUCUCUCCUUACCCACCCUCGAAAUAGUUGACUGACCAAGUCUUCGUCUUCCUAAUACCCACCCUCGAAAUAGUUCAACUUUUUUCAUCAGCAAGCUCCUCCUCUCUCCUUCACUAAUCAUCAUUCCCUAACUCUCUCAAUACUUCCAAUUCACAUUACACACACACACACAAAUAAAAAUGUUUCCUUAUCUACUCUCAAUUGCAGUCCCUCUCUACUUCUUCCUCCUUCAAAGUACUUUAACACUAGCCAUAAACUCCCCUGGUCUUUACUCCCAACAGCUUGAUCAUGUUGCCGUUAAUUGCGGCUCCUCCAGCGCCUCAACUGCAAAAGAUACCCGGAAAUGGACCGGAGAUACCAGUUCCGAUUACAUCACUUCAUUAUAUAGUUCAAAGAGCAAAUUGAUCAGCUUAAAAGCCACUAACCAACCCCUUCCCUAUGAUCCAAUCCCUUACGCAACGGCCCGGCUCUCCCAUUGGCCAUUCACCUAUACGUUCCGAGUCACUCCGGGUCAGAAACUUAUUCGUCUCCAUUUCUAUCCAGCUUCGUACCGGGGUGGUUUCAAAAGAUCUGAAGCCUUUUUUACUGUGAAAGCUGGUCCUUAUACCCUUCUUAGCAACUUUAGUGCUUCCCUUGCUGUUGAUGCCUUGGGCUUACCCUCUCUUGUUAAAGAGUAUUGUGUGAACGUGGACGAAGAUCAACCGUUAAUCAUAACGUUCUCCCCAUCACGAAUUGGUAAUUCUGAUGAGGUGUAUGCUUUUGUUAAUGGGAUUGAAAUCAUCUCAAUGCCAGCUGCACUUUAUCAUACUCAUGAGGGUAAUCCUGCAGCAAAGAUUAUUGGAAAGAGCGACCGGUGUACCAUAGAUAAGAGCAUUGCUCUGGAGAAGGUACACCGGUUAAACGUUGGCGGAAGCUCCAUUUCGUCCAUAGAAGAUACAGGUAUGUUUAGAGAUUGGUAUGAGGACUCAAAUUAUCUGUUAGAAAAAUCAAGCGUCGAGCCAGUUACUACCACAAUUCGGAUCAAAUACACGAGCAUACCACCGUACACUGCUCCUCAGAAAGUGUAUCAAACAUCUUGGUCACUGGUUCCAGACAAGCAAGCGAACAAGACCGAAUCAAAUUUUACAUGGAGAUUACCUGUGGAUUUGGGAUUUAGGUACCUGCUUAGGUUGCAUUUUUGUGAGCUUGAAUAUGAGAUAAAAGAGAGCGGCAGGAUGGAGUUUAGUAUCUUUGUUAAUGAACAGGUUGCUGAGGCAAAAGGUGACCUAAUCAAAUGGAGUGGCGGAAAUGGGGUAGCGGUGUAUAAAGACUAUGUGGUGAUGAUGGAAGGAGAUAGGAUGGAGGGCAAGCGAGAUUUGCUCAUAGCGCUGCGCCCUCACAACCAUGGAUGGACAGAACCAAUUGAUGCAACUAUAAAGGGGGUAGAGGUAUUCAAGUUGAGCAACCACGACAAAAAUCUUGCUGGGGUGAACCCAGUGCUGCUAGCACGUGCUUCGACAUCUCCAAAGUCCAAGAAGUUGGUGUUUGCUUCUCGAGAAAAUAUCAUUGCAACAGGUGUAGUAAUUUUACUCACCGUGUUGAAUAUAAUUUUUUACCAAUUGCGUAGUUUAGGUGAAAAUAGUGUGGGGAGAACUCUCUCUUCGUCAACAUCAGAGGGGCUGUGUCGUCAUUUCUCAUUUGCUGAGCUGUUAUCAGCGACCAAUAACUUCAAUGAUGAAUUGGUCAUUGGAAGUGGUGGAUUUGGUAAGGUCUACAAAGCGCUUAUUGAUGAUGGCGCAACGAUGGUUGCCUUAAAGCGGUGUAAUUUGAAGUCUCAAGGAGCAAAAGAGUUUUGGACAGAAAUCGAGAUGCUUUCCAAGCUUCGGCAUACACAUCUCGUUAGUCUUUUAGGCUAUUGUGACGAACGCGAUGAGAUGAUCCUUGUUUAUGAGUUUAUGGAGCAUGGUACACUUGCUGAUCAUCUUUACAAAGUUAAAACCAAGGGUAAUGGUACCGUUGGCCAUAUGUCAUGGGAGCAAAGGCUCAAUAUUUGUAUAGGUGCUGCUCAAGGGUUGGAUUAUCUCCAUACAGGUAUUCGAUAUGGUAUAAUACACCGAGAUGUGAAAAGCACAAACAUUCUAUUGGACAAGGACUGGACAGCUAAGAUUUCAGAUUUUGGGUUGUGUAAACUGGGCUCAACAAGCCAUUCCCAGUCGUAUGUUAGCACACUUGUUAAAGGCUCAUUUGGGUAUUUUGAUCCAGAGUACUUCUUGACCUGUAAACUAAGAAAGAAAUCAGAUGUGUAUGCCUUUGGUGUCGUGAUGUUGGAAAUGCUUUGUGGGAGGGCAGCAGUUGAUACCCGGGUUGACGAGGAGCAAUGUAGUCUAGUCCUAUGGGCUAAACAGGGAAUCAAGGAGAACAAACUUGAUCAGCUUCUUGACCACAGGCUGAGGGAUGAAAUCUCGCCACACUGUCUGAAGGUGUUUGUUGAGAUUGCUAAUAGUUGUUUAGAUAGUCAUCCAAAGAGGCGGCCUACAAUGGCUGAUGUGGUAGUGAGACUCCAGUGCCUAUUGGCUUUAGAGAAUCAAUGCAUGGUUCCUUCCACAGAGGAAGAGGAGGAGGAUGAUUUUAGUGUUGGUGGGGAUGUGGACGAGCAGUUUGGUGAGAACACAAAAAGGGAUGACUCUCUUCCACGAGGCGAUGCUCCUUCCUCCUCCACUUUGGCGCUGAACAGUAAGAACACCCAUGGCCAGAAGAGGUCAAAGGGAAAGGUAAGCAAGGUGUUUCAGAGGAGUAUUGAAUUUCUAGCUAAAGGUGUGGAUACCAAGAGGAAAAAAAGGAACGUCUAUGAUUCCAGUGGUGAACGACCAGUUUCAUCACAUAGUUCGACGCAUCUAAGAUCGCAGUGGAAAAAUGUCACUCUUCAAUUGCGUCGCUUCACAGUUGGAAGCAACAUCCCUAGGAACUUCUCAUCCUCGGCUGCAAGUGGCGGCAAUCUGAAAGGACAGAUUUUACCCUCAUCCAAUUUAAGGAUCUUUACUUUUUCUGAAUUGAGGACUGCUACUAAAAAUUUCAGAAACGAAAGAAUGUUGGGAGAAGGAGGCUUCGGUAGAGUUUACAGGGGUUUGCUUGAUGAGAAGAAUGGUAGGGGAUUGGUCUUCGCCGUCAAGAAGUUAAUGGCAGGGAGCAUGCAAGGAUUUCGGGAAUGGCAGGCUGAGCUUAACUUCUUAGGAAGUCUUUCUCAUCCUAACCUUGUUAAGCUAUUAGGAUACUGUUGGGAAGAGGAUGAGCUACUCCUUGUCUAUGAAUUCAUACCAAAGGGCAGCUUGGAGAACCACCUUUUCGGACGGGGCUCUGCUGUUCAGCCACUUCCAUGGGGCAUUCGGCUUAAUAUACUAAUAGGAGCAGCUCGAGGGCUGGAAUUUUUGCACACAUCUGAAGUUAAAGUGAUUUACAGAGAUUUCAAGACCUCAAAUAUAUUGCUAGAUGAGUCCUACAAUGCCAAGCUGUCAGACUUCGGUUUGGCCAAAUCGGGUCCCUCAGAAGAUGCCACGCAUGUGUCAACACGGAUUAUGGGAACACAGGGCUAUGCUGCUCCGGAAUAUGUUGCCACAGGGCACUUGACCACGAAGAGUGAUGUGUAUGGUUUUGGUGUUGUAUUGGUUGAGAUGCUUACAGGCUUACCUGUACAUGAUAGAAGCCGCCCGCAUGCAAAACAAAAUCUCGUUGACUGGGCCAAACCAUAUUUGUUGCACAAAAGAAAGUUGAUAAACAUAAUGGACUCUCGAUUGGAAGGGAAAUAUCCUCCAAAAGCUGCUUUCCAGAUAGCUCAGGUUGCUCUAGAAUGUCUUGUACUUAAACCAAAAACUAGGCCAUCAAUGACAGCAAUUGUUGAGACACUGGAACAUAUAGGCGCAAGCAACGGAAAACCCAUGGAGCCUGUGCAACAUUGACCUCCUCUUCCCCCUAGGCAAGACGCAAUUCAGUCCUAUCAACUCCCAGAACGAGCACGGAAACUUCAGUAUACUGCUUCCCAUGAAGAGCAGAUUUUCCAUGUAAAGCUGAUUGUUCCUAAUUAUAUUAAACCUUCUUUUUUCCUUCUACCUUGUCACCUCCUGAAAAUUGUACUAUUAGUUUUGCUGUUCUAGGGGUAUUUUGUAUGUAAUAGAGAUGAGGAUAUUUGUAAUCAAAAUGCAACUAUUGAUGCUAGUCUAUUGACUUAUGCUUGACAAUAUGUUAAACAUAGCUCUAUACAUGUGUAAAAAAAUACGAUGUAAAGGCUGCCUUAUAUCUCGCACGAAGAGGAUAUUUUUUGGAGGAAUAAAAAUAUUCAGAUUGACUGCA